AUGUUGGCUCCUCUUCGAUUGCUGCAGCGAACACAACGAGUGGUGGCGUCUCGUGCUGUUACUGGCACUGUCACACGCUCAGCCGUCCGCCACCAAGCUCCGACCUUUGCCGUUCGAGCCUUGAGCGCAGAAGCCGCUCCUUCUGCCUUUGAUGUCAUUGUACAAUUGACAUUUGUCGAUCCCAAUGGAGCCAGACGACAAGUACCUGCCUACGUUGGCAAAACCUUGCACGAAACUUGUGACAUGCACGGCAUUGACAUUGGACCGGCCGUUCGAGCUGGAGACAGCGAAAUUGCUCGCAGCGAGCGAUGGAUUGAACCCACCUUUGGAGAAGGACCUGCUGCUGGAUUCGAUCAUGUCAUUCUGCACGGAAAGGGAUCGGAAACGGCCAAUCAUCGAACGGAACGAGAAAUGAGUCUCCUCAGUGAGUACUGGGAUGAUGACGAAGUCUUUGACGAAUCCAGAUUGGCAUGCAUGGUCACCGUUACCAAGGCAAUGGAUGGCAUGAUUGUCUAUGUGCCCGAUCGCAUUGUGUGUGAUAUUCCUUGA